UGGUCACACUAAUCGCGCAUUGCAAAAAUAUGCACAAGUCAAAUCAAGUCCAUAUUCCGCAUAAAAGCCAGUUAACAGAGUAAACAAUAUAACGGCGUCGUUUAUGCAAACAGCUAUUGAUAGUGCUGCCUAUUACCGACCGCAUCGUUGUCCCUGCAAACUGCGUGCCAGAAUAUAUCCACCGGGACGCAGCAGAAGCCAAUGCACUGUGGGUCUGUCCGCCUCAUUCAUCCGCAUGCUGAAUCCGUAUCCAAGCCCCAAUCCGAACACUCCACCAAAAUGAAUCCGUGCGUGCUGCCCACUCCACUGCCCGAUUUGGACGGCGACAAGCGCUGGCACAGCAUACACCGCCGGUUUAUCUCCGACUGCCGUGAGAAGGAUCCGGAUGUCAUAUUUCUGGGCGACUGCAUCUUUGAGACGGUCCAGGAUAGCGAGGCGUGGAAUCAAUACUUUGCACCGCUGCACUGCCUUAAUUUCAGCAUACGUGACGAUUGCACCGAGCACGUCCUGUGGCGCAUCGAGAACGGAGCUCUGGACAACGUAAACCCAAAAAUAGUGGUCCUGCAUGUGGGCACAAACAAUGUGAAGAAUAGUGCCGAGGAAGUUGCCGAAGGCGUUCUCGCAAACGUUUCGAAAAUACGCCAAAAGCUGCCCAACGCAUAUAUUCUUCUUCCCUCACUAUUGCCGCGAGGACAGCAACCCAAUAAGUUGCGCGAAAAGAACUCCAACAUUAACGAAUUGGUCAAUGGGUUGACCAAGGGACAGUAUCGGGUACAGACAGUUGCCAUAGACAAGGGACUGGUGCAGAGCGACGGCAGCAUCAGUCAUCACGAUAUGUUUGACUAUAAGAAUCUUACCAAUGCUGGAGCGAAAAAAAUUCUUGAACCACUCUAUGAUUUGCUUUCUCAAAUUCUAAACGAAAACGAACCUGAAAACGAUCUCACUCCCUCCGAAUAAAGGAAAACCAUUCAGCUAUCAUCAUA